AUGCGGCGGAGGCUGCGCCUACGUGGGGACGCUGCGCUCACGCUGCUCCUCGGCGUCACCCUCGGCCUUCUGCUCUACGCGCAGCGGGACGGCGCGGCCCGGACGACGAGUGCGUCGCCCGCACUAGAGCAGGCGGUGCAGAGGCCCAACCUGGUGCACCGCUCAUUCCAGCCACUAGACACGGCUGCAGCUCCCGUGUUCUACGACGAGGACACACCGGCACCGCCCACGCCCACGGAACCCUUUGACUUUGACCACUACCUACGUGCCAAGGAUCAGCGGCGCUUUCCGCUUCUUAUUAACCAGCCGCACAAGUGCCUUGGCGAUGGAUUACCCGGUGGCCGACCCGACCUGCUCAUCGCUGUCAAGUCGGUGGCUGCAGACUUCGAGCGGCGCCAAGCCGUGCGCCAGACAUGGGGCGCUGAAGGCCGAGUGCAGGGGGCGCUCGUGCGCCGAGUGUUCUUGCUGGGCGUGCCACGGAGCGCGGGCACGAACGGGGCUGAUGAGAUGGAUACUCAAGCGCACUGGCGCACCCUGCUGAGCGCUGAAAGCCGGGCCUAUGCCGACAUCCUGCUCUGGGCCUUUGACGACACUUUCUUCAACCUAACGCUCAAGGAGAUCCACUUCCUGACCUGGGCCUCAGCCUUCUGUCCCGAUGUGCGCUUCGUUUUUAAGGGUGAUGCCGAUGUCUUUGUGCACGUGGUUAAUCUGCUGGAAUUCCUGACCCCGCGGGACCCGUCACAGGACCUGCUUGCAGGUGAUGUGAUUAUGCAAGCUCGACCAAUCCGAGCGCGGGACAGCAAAUACUACAUCCCCGAGGCAGUGUAUGGCCUGUCUGCCUACCCAACCUACGCAGGUGGUGGUGGCUUCGUCCUUUCAGGGGCCACACUGCGCCGACUGGCUAGCGCCUGUGCCCAAGUGGAGCUCUUCCCCAUUGAUGACGUCUUUUUGGGCAUGUGUCUUCAGCGCCUGCAACUCACACCAGAGUCUCACCCAGCUUUCCGCACUUUUGGCAUCCCCCAGCCUUCAGAGGCGCCACACCUGCGCACCUUUGACCCCUGCUUUUACCGAGAGCUGGUCCUGGUGCAUGGGCUCUCUGCUGCUGACAUCUGGCUUAUGUGGCACCUCUUGCAUGGGCCUCGGCGGCCAGUCUGUGCUCAUCCACGGCCUGCCGCUGCAGGACCCUUCCGAUGGGGCCCCUAG